GCCGCCCGUCGCUCUACCGGCCGCCGCGGCCGCGGUGGCGCCGCUCACGGAGCUCCCCGAGGCCUACCACCUCCUGCGCGCGCUCGCCGACGUCUAUGCCGAGACGGACGCCUACGCGUACGAGGGCGCCGAACAGGCGUUCGGCCCGCUCGAUGCCGCCGUCGAGGCGCGGUCGUUGGGCCGCCUCCGCAUGGCGGCGCUGCACCUCUUCUCGAAGCUCGACGCCGCCGUCUUCGACCGCAAGUGGCGCGCGCUGCAGUCGUCCGGGGCGGUCUUCGGCGCCACGGCGACGGCGGGCCGGACGUGGCUCUCGUACGCCCGGCCAGGCGGCGCGCCGCCGCGGUGGCAGUGGCCCUUUUUCUACGCGGCCGACGACGCGGAGCUCGCGCGGCUGCUCGUCGAGCUCGCGCGCGUCACGCGCGCGGACGAGGAGCCGUCGCCGUCGGGGCGGUUCCUCGAGGCGGCGGUCGCCUUCGCCGCGGAGGACGCGCCGCCGCGCGCCUCCCGGCCGCCGCCGGCCUCCGCGGACGAGCUCGAGGCCGCGCGCGCCGCGAUCGACCUCGACGAGUGGCUCGCGGCGCACCUCGGCGGCGACGGCCUCGCGGAGGCGCGAGCCGCGGUCCGCGAGGCGGCCGGCAGCGACCUCUGGCGCCUGCAGACGCUGCGGCCCCGCGACCUCUCCCGGAAGCUGCCGCUGUCCACGUGGGAGGCGGCGCCGCGCGACGCCUUCCUCGAGGCCGCGCGCGACCUGCGGGCCGGCGAGCUCGGCUUCGAGAACGCGUGCGAGUGGCUGGACGACGUCGUCGAGGCGGCGGGCGGCGCGGCGGCGGGCGCGACCGUGUUCCUCCCGCACGGCGACGCCGGUGAGAGCCUCCGCGACUCCAUCGUCCCCGACGGCGUCAUCAUCUUGCUCGGCGGCGGCAUCGACCCGAUGGCCGACCUCAUGGCGGAGCGGCGCCUCCUGGGCGCCGAUUCGCCGGUCGCCGCGCUCAUCUACUUCGACACGGACGGCGCGGCGCUCUCCACGGCCAAGUCGGGCUACCCGCGCGCUGCCGCCGUGCCGUUCGAGGUCCCCGACGCGUGGAAGGGCUACGCGCGCGGCGACGUCCACCAGCUGCUGGACCCGACGCGCCGCGCGGAGAUCCUCGGCGGCCGGCCCGUCACGUUCCUGCUGAACACGCCGUCGUGCAAGCCCCACGCCGCGGUCGUGAAGGACCGCGACGAGGCGGACACGGAGGGCCUGGAGAAGUUCCUCGAGGCCGAGAAGCGGCUGGCGGAGGACACCGCGGCCGCGCUGCUCGCCGCGGGCGCGCCGGCGGCUCAGCAGAUGCACGCCCUCGGCGAGUUCGGGAACACGCCGACGCAUGUCGACGCGAAGAUCAAGGCGGUUCUCGACCGGUCGACGUUCCGCCUCAACGCGGCGAACGUCUCCCCGAUGUCGCGCCUCCGGACGUUUUGUUCGACGUUCCCGCAGCGCCCGGUCGCGGACGACGACCAGCGGCACCUCCUGUCGCCGCGCGAGGCGCUCGACGCCUACCUCGCCAAGCACGGCGACCGCGUCCUCCUGCCGACGUACGGGCCCGACUACGUCCUGCACAAGGGGAACGCGGGCAAGGCGCGGACGCCCCGCGCCCUCGCGCCGCCCGACCGCGGCCCGAUCAAGACCUCCGUCGAGGCCGCGCUCGCCAAGGCCCAUGGCGGCGUGAACUUCGCCGCGCCGCCGCCCGCCGCCGGCCGCGACCCCGAAUGGCACGAGCUGGACGUCAAGGCGACCUCGGUCCUCGUCCGCGUGGAAAUCAAAUGUCGCGGCGCUUCUCCGACGCGACGCCGGCUCGACUCACUGGUUGAUUUCCGCACAGGUCCUCAUGGGCUACCGCCACGACCGCGUCACGGUCGCGCCCGGCGUCGCGAACGACUCCAAGGCGUCGUGGCGCCUCCUCGGCAACACGAUCCAGCGCGCCGCCCUCGAGCACGUGUGCGCGCCGUUCCUCGACGGCCUCGAGGAGCUGCGCGACCAGAUGUCCGACGACUAGUCGGACCCGCGCCUCCCUCCCUCCCGCGCGCGAUAAGCCCUUCGUUUCGAA